AUGUCGGGCUUUACGUUGGUAGACCCAAAGGGUUGGGACUGCGACCUCCAGUCGGUGUACUCUGCGUACAUGGGUCACUUCCAACUGCAUAACGUGCCACGGCAUGGUGAGUACGAUCGCUCAUGGGCGGUCUUCUUUGAGACCUUCGAAGAGUUCCUCACCUUCUCCUGGCCGACGAUUACCGUGACCGACACAUGGACGGGGCGAGCACACAUCGUCGUGCGCGCGUCCUCCAUCAGUGCGUUCCUCAAGAUGCUCAAGACAAGAUUCGGCGAGACGGUGCCCAUGGUGGAGAACAUCCUGCGCGUCGCCGCCUUCGAGACGCAGCAGCGCCACAUGCGCACGAUCUCGGACUACACCACGUACCGCAAGAUCUACGCCACCCUCCCCGCCGUCGUCCUCGCCGCUCAGAAGACCCGCGUCCGCAGCGGCGAGCCCCAGGCGGUGCGAGAGCUUUGGGCUGGGCGCGACAAGACGUUCCUCGCGCUCGACUUCGAGUGGUCGGAGCGGAACACGGCGUCGUGCAUCGAGUGGGGCUACUCCGCCGUCCGCUGCGGUCACUUGAGCACCGCUGGGGCGUGGCCCCCCGAUCCAGAACCCAACUAUAGGCAAGCUGCCGACAGGCGUGGGCACUACCUGAUAUCGGAGUAUGUAGACAAGGUGUACAACAAAAUCAAGCCGAGUUUCCCAAGGGCGGUGAGUGCAUUCGGUGAAAGCCAGCUCCUUCCGAAAGCGAGGCUCGGGCAGGUGGUGAAUGCUCUGAUCAGCAGUCUAAUGAGCCCGGAUUCGGAACUGGUGGCCAAUACUCUUGUGUUGGUCACCCACGGGACCCCGGGGGAGUUCCGGAGGCUGGAAGAACUGAAAAUAAAGCUCCCCCACAACGUCCUCAUCCUCGACACCAUGGCCUUCGAGCGGCAGCUCUACGCCUCCGGACAGCGCGGCACGAUGCAGGAACCCUCCGGGCGCCCGCGCGACCCCGCGACCCCGCUCACGCUCGCCGCGACGCUCCAGUCGCUCGGCUUCGACGCGACGCGCGUGCUGCACAACGCCGGCAACGCCGCCCUCACCGCCCUCCUCGCCCUCCAGCUCCUCCUCGCCCCAGACACCCCGCACCCGACCCCCCGCGCGGCGAACGCGCUCGCGGGCAUGGCCCAGCACGCGCGCCGCAGCAUGCACUCCGCCUCGCCCGGGAUCGCGUUCGGGCCGUCGAUGUCGAUGCCGAUGUACCCGGCGAUGGGGAUGGGGAUGGGCAUCGGCAGGGGCAUCGGCGUCCCCGCGCAGCCGUUCCCGACCGGGCUCGUCCCCGACGGGUUCGUGAACGGGGUGAACGGGCAUGACGGCGCCGGCAGCCGCGCGUCGUACUUCCCGAACCACCGCCCGGCGAGCGGGGACGGGCACCGGCUGAGCGCGCCGGGUCCCUUGACGAUGCACGGCGGGCGUGCUCCUGGGCGCACGCGGGUCAGCUCGAUGAACGAUCUCAACAAGGACGACGCCGGUGCCGGGGGCGUCAGCGAGCUCGGCGAGCAGAUGGGCGGGCUGCAUGUCAGGGCACGGACCUCUGACUCGCGCGGGCUCCCGCAGUCGCGCUAG